AUGGGGAGUUUGAGUUACUUGCUAUAUAAGUUAGGGCUUCUGCUGCUCUGUUGCUCCGUGGCAGCAAACAAUGAACCACUUGCGAACGCCAAGUAUAAGGACCCGAAAGAGCCAUUGGAAGUCAGGAUCGAGGACCUGAUGAGCCAUAUGACCCUUGAAGAGAAAAUCGGGCAGAUGGUUCAGGUGGAACGAGUCAAUGCCACUACCAAAGUCAUUAAGAAUUACUUCAUCGGGAGUGUGUUUAGCAGUGGAGGGAGUGUACCAACGCCAAAUGCAAGUACUGAAGCUUGGGUGAACAUGGUAAAUGAGAUUCAAAAGACGGCUCUUUCAACCCGUUUAGGGAUUCCCAUCAUUUAUGGGAUCGAUGCAGUUCAUGGUCACAACAAUGCGUACAAUGCCACCAUUUUCCCGCAUAACAUAGGCCUUGGAGUCACCAGGGACCCUGGACUUGUGAAGAGGAUUGGUGAAGCAACUGCGCUUGAAGUUAGAGCAACGGGAGUCCAAUAUGUCUUUGCUCCAUGUAUUGCAGUGUGUAGAGAUCCAAGAUGGGGAAGAUGCUAUGAGAGUUACAGUGAGGAUCACAGAAUAGUUCAACAGAUGACUAAGAUCAUACCUGGUUUGCAAGGUGACCUUCCUACAGGUCAAAACGGUGUUCCUUUCAUCGCUGGAAAGACCAAAGUCGCAGCAUGUGCUAAACACUUUGUUGGAGAUGGAGGUACAUUGAGAGGGAUAAACGCGAACGAUACUGUUGUUAAUACAAACGGAUUGCUAGGCAUUCACAUGCCGGCUUAUUACGAUGCAGUAAACAAGGGUGUUGCAACAAUUAUGGUAUCAUACUCGUCCUUGAACGGGUUGAAAAUGCAUGCCAAUAAGAAACUUAUCACUGGUUUCCUCAAGAACAAGCUGAAGUUCAAGGGCAUUGUCAUCUCGGAUUAUCUAGGCAUCGAUCAGAUUGCCACACCUCUUCAUGCUAACUAUUCACACUCUGAUUAUGCUGGUAUCACUGCUGGACUCGACAUGAUCAUGGGUUCAUCAAACUUAACUGAGUUAAUAGACGAACUAACCAGUCAGGUGAAGAGAAAUCUCAUCCCGAUGAGCAGAAUCGAGGAUGCUGUAAAGAGAAUCUUGAGAGUCAAAUUCACAAUGGGGCUCUUUGAGGAUCCCAUGGCUGAUCAUAGCUUAGCCAACCAGCUCGGUAGUAAGGAACACAGGGAACUGGCAAGGGAAGCAGUGAGGAAAUCUCUAGUAUUGUUGAAGAACGGCGAAAAUGCAGAUACGCCAUUGCUUCCUCUGCCAAAGAAAACCAACAAGAUCCUUGUCGCAGGAACACAUUCUGAUAACUUGGGAUACCAAUGUGGAGGCUGGACAAUCACUUGGCAAGGCCUUAAAGGCAACAAUCUCACCAUUGGUACGACGAUCCUCGCUGCGGUGAACAAGACGGUGGAUCCGACGACAAAAGUAAUCUACAAUCAGAAUCCCGACACCAACUUCGUCAAGUCCGGCGAUUUCGAUUACGCAAUCGUUGUCGUCGGAGAGACUCCGUACGCGGAGGGAGACGGUGACAACACGAACUUAACCAUAGCCGAGCCAGGACCGAGCACAAUAGAAAACGUGUGCGGAUCGGUGAAAUGUGUGGUGGUGGUUGUGUCGGGUCGUCCGGUGUGA